AUGGUUAAUAUACUGAAGAAUAUAAACCGCUAUAAGAAAACGUGUUUUAGUAACUUCAGCAAAUUUGAUAACAGAUCAUCAAGCCGAAUGAAUAGUAGUGAUUGCAGUGAUAAGAUUAUCGACCGGAAAAAUAUUAGAAACUUUAGUAUUGUUGCUCAUGUUGAUCACGGGAAAAGUACUUUAGCUGAUAGAUUACUUGAAAUUACUGGCGCGAUAAAACCGGGUAGUGAAAAUGCGCAAGUGCUCGAUCAACUGCCGGUUGAAAAAGAAAGGGGCAUUACCGUUAAAGCUGUUACAGCAUCACUUAACUACACAUACGAUAAUAAAUCUUACCUUCUAAACCUUAUAGAUACACCAGGCCAUGUAGACUUUUCUAAUGAGGUUGUCAGAAGUGUUACAGCAUGCCAAGGUGUAAUACUAUUAGUUGAUGCAAAUGAAGGAGAAGAACCUAUUGAUAAAGCAGUUGCAGGUCAAGUUAUAAUGGUAGGGCUUGGUCCUAAAGGUGGUGGUAGCGUUGGAGACCUACUAUUAUCAAUAGAUGCUCCAGAGACUGUAAAAAAUUCUUCAAUGCAGGCUGUUAAACACAUGGUAUAUGCUGGUAUAUUCCCUGCAGAUCAAUCUCAGCAUGUUUUCCUUAGUGAUGCCAUUAAAAAGUUAGUCUUAAAUGAUUCAGCUGUCAGUAUAAGCAUUGAUUCAAGUCCAGCUUUAGGCCAAGGAUGGCGUGUGGGAUUUUUAGGUCUACUUCAUCUGGAUGUUUUUACACAACGCCUACUUCAAGAACAUAAAGCUGAAGCAAUCCUCACAGCACCAUCAGUACCAUAUAAAAUUAAACUUAAGGGAUCAAAAAUCAUAAAGAAGUAUGGGAGUGAAGAGAUUAUUAUUACAAACCCAUUGCAACUGCCUGACUCUCAACACAUUGAAGAAUAUUAUGAACCACUUGUAAUAGGGACAAUAAUUACACCUGUGGAGUAUAUUGGUGCGGUAACCACCCUCUGUAUAGACAGACGUGGAAUUCCUCUUCCAUCUAAUGCAAUCGACGACAAAAUGACACUGAUGCAGUUUAUUCUACCAUUAUCAGAAGUUGUCAUAGACUUCCAUGACACACUGAAGAGUAUAACAUCGGGUUUCGCCAGUUUCGACUAUGAAGAUCAUGGGUUCCAUCCCAGUCAUUUAGUGAGGAUGGAUAUACAACUUAACGGGACUGUGGUAGAUGAAUUGUGUUGCAUAGUUCACAAAUCCCGUUUGGAGUACGCCGCUAGAAGACUGACUGAAAAGUUAAAGGAAAUGAUUCCGCGUCAGAUGGUGCAGGUUGCGAUCCAAGCAGUUGUCUCUGGGAGGGUUUACGCCAGGGAGACGAUUAAGGCGUACCGGAAGGAUGUCACCGCAAAAUUGUACGGCGGAGACGUGACACGAAGGAAAAAGCUGUUGAAGCAACAGGCCGAGGGCAAGAAGAAAAUGCGAAGCGUGGCCAAUAUCAAAAUACCGAGGGACACAUUUAUAGAUGUUUUGAAGAAA